UUGUAGCACCAUCACGCACACAGCCCGACACCGAGCCCAGUUCCGUGCAUAAUCCCCGCGGGGGAAGCCCGGGAUUUCCUGUUUCGUCAGUCCCGGCAAGCACACGGGCUGAGUUAGGCGGGAGUCGGUCAAUCUGCAUUUCCUUUGCAGCUGUUGUGGGGAAAGAGCAAGCGAGUCGCUGGUUUGAUAAGUAGACGGUCAUCCGGGGAGACGGGUGUUAGUUAGGCUGUUCUCCCUUUUUCAAAGGAGAAACACGGGAAAGGGCGGUGGGUAAACGGGGGAUCCCAGAGGCUCUAAGCGGCUCCUAGUCCGAGGACUAGAAGAUUGAUUCUGCUCUGUGCGGGGAACCGAGUGUCUGUAGCGAGUGCUGCUCAUUGGCUACUAUGGUAACUGAGUUGUGUUCCAGUAAGUAACGGUGAAUCAGGCUGUAGUAGGUAAAAGGCAAGGGAGCUGCAACCGUCGUUCAAGUGGAUCACAACGGCUUGAUUCGAUACACAUUGUGGCUUCCGGCAUCUUGAGUGGUAGACGUAACUAGGACAAAGUUAAUCAGCAUGAAUGAGUCGAAACACACAGCCUGCUACACAACCGGCUAAUCUGCAAUGUGGUUGGUUGGUUAGGAUGCAAUUAUGUGAAUCCUGUUUACAUUUCAACCCUUUGUGCAAAUGCAGUAAGUGAGAAAGGCUGGAGAAAUUGUUGGUUGAUAUAUGUCUAUACAUGAAGAAAACUUGAGAAAAUCACUUGCAAGAGAUACAGCAAUGCAAUUAGAGACCAUGAGAUGGCAAAGAAACUUAAGAAAAGUUUAAGAAGUUCCAUUGAUGAUGUCCUUGGUGAUCUCCUUGGUGAUGAUGAUGAUAUUCCUGCUAAUUCGGGCAAAGCUACCUCAUUUGGCAGCACUGAUGGAAAAGCCAGAGAAAUCGUGCCACAGACCAACAGAAAGGGCCUAUUGGAUGAUGAUUUCUUUAGCAAAAUGGCUGUGGAGGAAGGAGCAGAUGCAGAGGAGUUUGAUAUCUCAGAUGUGGAUCCAGAAGCUGUUCUAGAGACCUUGAAGGAUAUGGAUGAGAUGGAAGCUGAUAUUUUGGGCAUAAAGAAAACAAACCCAAAGUCUCCUCAGAAGGCUGUUAAAGGUGUAGGAACAGCAGAGCCUUUAGCUGAGGCAGCAAAAACUAAGACAACAACCAAGAUAGAAAGAGGAGAUUCUGCAAGUGAAGUCAGUAAGGAUCUUGGUUCUGUUCCCUCUGCUUCCAAACCACUGAAACAACGGUUCUCCCUUGAAGAUAUAGAUGAUCCUUUGGCUGGCCUUCUGUCUGAUGAUGAAGAAACCCCAGUGAAGAAAACACAUUCCUCCAUCACCAAAACUACUCCAGAAAUCAAUGGGACCCCUAAUGAGAAAGUUCAUGGCCAUGCUGUUGCUCCUAAGCAAAAACAAGAGGAAUUAACCUUUGAAGAUGAUGGGGAUGAUCUUAUGGAGGCUCUGGGGUUUGGUGAUACCUCGAAGGCAGAAGUGAAAUCUGGCAGAAGGAAUGAAGAAAAAGAAUCUGGUCCAGUGCGAGCAAGGCAAGAUGAGUUGCUGGGUCUAGGAACAGCAAAAAAGCUGCUAGAGCGACCAAGCACAGGAGAACCGAAGGAGUUUAAGCUGGAUAAGAAAUAUCAGAAGCAGACAGAUAAGGAAGAUGCUCUGGGAGAUGAUUUCACCUUUGGCGCCUACCAACCUACUAUGGCCUCAACUCCAGAGGGACGGAGGUCGAGACGGCAGUCUGUCAGGUUUUCCUCCGAGAACCUCAGUGACCUGAAAUCAGAACAGAGAUCAAUGCCUUCCCCCUCAGCAUCUAACAGUCCCGUACGCAACAAGUCUGGGGCUGACUGGCUGGGAUUGAAGGAUGAAGAUAGUGACUUGCUACCAUCAUCUCCACUCAAAGAACCUAGCAAAAGCAGCGCAAGAGGAACCACACUGGAUAUGCCAUCAUUUCCUUCAGAAGCUAAGCAUCCUCCUCCUCCACUUCCAACCACCAUCCAGGGUCCUUUGACAACCAAACAAGUUACUGAAGAAGUCAUUCAGAAGAAAGAACCAGCUGAGAAUGAUGGUGAUAGCUGGCUGAAUAAUGUAUUGUCUCAAAAAAUAUCUCAAACACGGGAGAAAAUGAAGAAGAGAUCCGGAUCCUUAGAUGUUCAGACACAUGGGGAUCAUCCCACCAGCCAACAGGUAAUCUCCACUCAAGAACAACAUCUAUCUGCUGCCACAUCAGAUAAACCUGCCAGAUUGGAACAAUUGGAGUCUUUCGUUCCUUGGGAAAGAUCUCAGGAACAAAGUGCCCCUCUUUUUCCAUCUGAUUCCAGGAAAGGGACUCCCUUUGGAGAUACAAUUUCAAGAGCAUCUGCAACCUUUUGGCAAGGACAUCAAGAAAUUACUAAGGUUCCUGUUAAUUCCCAGGCUCUGAUCUCGGAACCCCAUCUCCUGAGCUCACCUAAUAAUGCUGACUAUGAAAAAAGAAUGGCGGGAGUGCAAGCGCAGCUCCGAGAGACCCUGGGAACCUAUCAGGCCGAGCUUUUGAGUGCCCAGACUCGCCUCACUGAGCUUGAGGUUCAGGUAAGGCGACUUGAACUGGAGAAGAACCAGCAGAAACUCUUGCUGGAAAGUCUGCAACGACGUCACCAAGAGGAUUUGGAACUUAUUGAGAAUGCACACAGGAACCGUGUGAAGGUUGUUGAGGACUCGUAUCGUCAGCGUGAGGAUCGUCUCCGGCAAGAAAAUGAGGAGUUGGUUGCACAAUACCUUUCUCGCUGUCAGAGCGCAGAGCAGGCGAAAUCGGAGAUGUUAGCCCAGCAUCAGCGUCGAUUGACUGAGCUAGAGCAGGAAAAAGCCAAGGAAAUUGAUCGCCUACAGGAGCUUCAGCGGAUGUCCAUCCUGGAAAUGCGCAAGGAUCAUGAAGAGCAGUUACAACGGUUGAAACAACUGAAGAGUCAGGAGAUUGAUGCAGUGACCAGUGCCACUUCUUACACCAGGUCUUUGAAUGGCGUUAUAGACCAAAUGGAGAAGUUCUCCAGCAACCUGAAUGAUCUUGCCAGUAAGGUGGAAGCCACUCACCAUACUACCCACCAAGGUCUUGAGAUGGGAGCUCGCCAAAGAGAUGAGCAGCUUAGGGUUUUGCAAGACCGUUUGAACCGGCAACAGAGAGACAUGGAAGAUGAACGAGGCCGGCUACAAGAGGUUAUUUCUAAGAUGGAGGCCAGACUAAACGAGCAAACCCGCCUUCUGGAACAGGAACGUUGGAGGGUCACCACUGAACAAGCCAAAGUAGAAUCUUUGCAGCGCUCCCUGGAGGAACAGAGAAGAGUCAUGACCCAGCAACUAACCAUGGAGAGGGAAGAGUUAGAGAGGGCAAAGAAUUCUUUGCUUGAGGAACAGAAAGCAGUCAUGCAGAAAUGUGCCGAAGAGCGCCGUAAAGUGGCGGCAGAGUGGUCAGAGCUGCACGUCCAGCAGAGGCUGAGCAAGGAACGUUCAGAGCGGGAGGUUGACCGGGCUUUGCAAAUUGACUCUCAAAGAGAAGGGGCCAUCAUGAGUCUUGCAAAGGAACAAGCAGACCUGAAGAUCAAAUCCAGUGAAUUGAGAUCAAGGGAGGAGCAGCUGGUGAGGGACCGAGAGCUUCUAGAGCAAGAGAAACAGGAGCUGAGACUGGAGAAAGAAAGGGUUAAUGCAACAGCUUUGCAUGUCAAGCAGAGGGCAGAUGAAAUCAAUAACAUGAGCAAGCUGUCCUCUCACAAGUAUGAAGAAGGAGAGAAAGCCCUGGUGGAGGCCAAGAAGGUAGAAUCUGAACAUCAGGCCAGACUCCAGACUCUGCAGCAACAAAUGGAAUGGCUCAGACAGCAGGAGGAACAUUUGCAUCAGGAGCGGCUCAGUUUGUCACACCAGAGGAGGCAGCUUGAACAGCUACGGAUGGAACUUCCAAGCAACCCACGGGCAUUUCAGAACAUGGCUCAGGUGCCAUUAUCGGGAACUCCUGACAAAUUAAUCUCCAACGUGCAUUUUUUGCCUCUUCCAGUUACUGUUCCACCUAAAGUCAACCCUGGAAACACCGGAGCUUCUCAAGGACUUCCAAGACCAGAUACAGCAGAUUUAUGUGCCAAAUUGGUGUUGCAUAAAAUUACAGCUGAACGAGAUCAUGACUUCUUGGAAGAAGAGCAGUUCUUUUUAGAAACCUUGAAGAGAACUUCCUAUAAGACUUCCUUCCAAUCAGCAUGAGAGAGGAUCAGUCCUAAAGAUAGCUGUGCCAAGAUUCACAUUUCCUCCAAAUAAAAAAAAAAAUGAUGUUAUCACUUUGAAUGGUUAACAUGAAAUCAAGCACAUAAAUAACUGCCAAAUUCAAUUUAGGCAGAAGCUAUAUUUUGUAAAAUAAAUAUUUUUAAAUGUUUCCUUACACUACUGUUGGCAGAUCAACAGUUUCGUGUUUUGCUGAAACUCUUUGCCUAUUAGCUGGCUUUGAAGAAUGGUCCUUCAGAACAGUGGUCUGUCUUUGUAUAUCCCCAAUAUAUUUUCACAUCA